UGAUAUACGUUCAAAAAUAUCUAAAGGUUCAGUUCAUAUAGGAAUAUCGACUGCUGCAGAAAAAUGGACUUUUUGACGCGUGUCAUAUUAUUUAUCUCAUGUAUCACUGUGUCUAUAGCAAAUGAUCUAUCCAGAGGUUGGAAUGAUGAUGUUGCAUGGGUUACCCUAGAGGAUGGUAUUAAGGCAGCCAAGGAACAAAACAAACCAAUGAUGCUUGUUAUACAUAAGACAUGGUGUGGAGCAUGUAAAUCAUUAAAACCACAGUUUGAUAGUUCUAAAGAGAUAGCAGAAUUAAGUAAACCUUUUGUAAUGGUUAAUGUAUUGGAUGAUGAAGAACCAGAAGGAGAGAAAUAUUCCCCUGACGGUGGAUAUAUACCAAGAGUUCUCUUUUAUGAUCCAGAUGGAAAUAUUUUAGACCAGUAUAAAAAUGAAAAUGGCCAUCCAGAUUACAAGUAUUAUCAUUUUAAUCCUACAUCUAUUGCUGCAACAAUGAAAAAAGUAAUUAAGGAAAGAAAUCUAGAAAAACCAGCAGGGAAUGAAGAGUUGUGAUUAUCUCCCUUUGACUGUGACCCUAUGCAUGAGCUGACACGUGAUGUGAAGUCUGUAGAUCUUCUGUUUGUUUAAAAUAUGAAUAAAUAACCAUAAUAUUCUAUAUUGUGAAGUUUACUGUCUGUUUGCAUUGAGCUUCUAAGAUAAUUGCUUAGGAUUUUUUUCAGAACAUGAAUAUCAAUCACUUUUUUUUUUAAUACCUUACUAUGGUUAUAUGUGUUGAAAUUGUAUGAUUGAACCUAUCACAAAAUUUUAUUUCUUUCUUUUCAUGUUAUUUAUCGUUAUUAUCAUACAGACAAUGUUUAAGUUUCAGUAACAUGCAGAUCAAUAUGAUUGAAUUUGACAAUCAAAUCCUUCACUUCAAUGCAAACAGACAAGUAUAAGAGAUAAACCAGGGAAAAGGGACAUAACUAUUUAAUAACACUGGAACGUUGUAUUAAACAUUUUCAUAAAUGUAUUUCUAAGUUUCUAAGCAACACAGCACUUUAAUCUGUUUCAUAUGAAUUUUUGACUUAAAGAGUUAUCUUUAAUACCUUAGGUCAACACCCUUUAGUAUAAAAAUCAGUUCUGUAGUUGCACUUUUCCUAUUUAGAAUACAAAUUUUUGACAAAAUAGUAACUGAUUAAAUAUUCAGAUUUUGAAUGUACCUCAAACGUUCAGGCAUUUAUAUAAGACGUAUACCUGUUGUCUACUUCCACACAAUACCAUUUAUUCUGAACAUUUGUAAUGAACCUACUUAUCGUUACUGUAUAAAUAUACAUUUUUUUUGCUUGCUUUCUUUCAUUUCCUUAUGCUUGUUAUUGCCAUUUUGAUGAAUGAAAAUGUGAAGUGUCCUAAUUUGUAAAUGACAAUAAAAAGUGUGCCAUGAAACAAUCUACAUGAACUAUUGAAGUUUUGAUACUAAUUUAUUAAACCAGGGACGUAUAUAGGUCCUUGAUUAAACCAAUGAUUUAAUAUGUUUUAUUUAGUUUACAUAGUACACAACACAAAUCAUUUUAAUUUCUGUAUAUUGCAAACAAUUUGGUAAUACUUUUUUAAAAUAUAUAUAUAUAAUUUAAGAAAUGUUGAGAUUUUUUUUGGGAUGGUCAAGGAACAUAAAAUUAAUAAAUGAAUGUAAAUGGUAAAUUUAUACUUAUAAUAGUAGUUUCAGUGAUACUUUAGAGAAAGGCAAAUUUCUCAGGGGAAUUUAGAAUAUGAAAAAGUCCACCAAGUAGUUAUAGAAAUUUUUGUAUCCACAUGAUAUUUUCUGUUAACUUUAAAUGUUCAUAAGAAAAGUCAACAGAUAAUAGCUGUAAUUAGUUUAUUAAAUGUUGAUUAAAAUAUUAUAUGCAAAAACAAAUUUAAAGAUUGAUUUUGACAAUUGAGCAGAACAAAUUUUAUAACCUAUCAUAUGGAAGUUGUUCUUUAUGCAAAUCAUGUAUUUUGACAAAUCAAGUUUCAUGGAAUAUAUUUGCAAUAUUGAUAUUUUAUCAUGCAACUAUCUGACAUACAUUGUAUUUAUAAUAUUAUGGAAAAAAGUUUUAAAGAAAAAAUCUUGUUUCAUGUGCUUAUUGCAAAUUAUUUGUAUUGAAUCUGUUCAUGUUUUCAUAUAAAAUAGUGCUACAAUCAAACUAUAUUAACUUAUAUUACAAUUCAGUUAUGGUGUACACAUCAAUCUUUGUUAAUAAUUCACACAAGAGAAAGUAUUAUAUAAGCAGGAGCAUUGUAACAAACUAGUAUUUUCCAUUGUAAAAUGUUUCACUCAAUUGUCUUUUCUAUGUAGUGUCAUGUCAUAUUUAUUUAAGUCAUAUUUUUGGUAUGCUGGUGUACUUGUUAUUUUUACUUUAUGCCUUACAUUAUCUUUUUGAUUCUGUUUUAGUUUUUACAUGUAAUAUUCAAAAAAAUAAUAAAUUUAUAUAAACUUUG